UGACGGCUUGAUAGAUAAUUUUCUCUACAAGAACUCCCCCUCCUUGCCAAUACAAAUCUUUCAAAAUCAGCAUCUUUCGUAAAAUAGAUAAGAACUUUAUUUUAGGAAAGUCUCAGGCUAUGAAUAUCUAUUUCACUGGCUUAAAACCGUCAAAUCAAGCCUUACAAUUCUAGUGUUAACAUAUCGCUCGCUUAGUAUAUUCAAGAACAUUUACCGUGAAUUUUUUCAAGUCGCUUGAAAUUUUAUAGAAUAAUUUAUUAAAUAAUUCCUUUUUAUUAGUGAUGGCAGGAAAACCGGAAUUACAGAAAGGCUACCUGGGUCCACAAUCAAAGUUUGCAGAAUUCGGACUCAGCACUGCUAGCCAUCAGGAUCCAGAGAUAAACAUUGACUCCAACCAGCUUGAAGUGAAAAUACGUUUCAGUAAGCCGACCAAAGUUACUGCAAACCUUACCAACUGCGCUAAAAAUGAGGAAUUACCACAGCACGUGUUCACGCAGACGAGAGAUGACGUCGUAACCUUCACUGUUUCUCUACCGGAAGUUGGUUGGUACAAACUCCAAAUAUUCGCUUUGCUUCUACCAGACGACAGUAAAACACUUCCGGGUGUUUAUAACUAUCUGAUAAACUGCUCAAGAGUGUCUUCUGCUAUCGUUAACUUCCCGAAACAGUUUGCCCAGUGGAAAGAGGGUUGCUAUAUCGUGUCACCUAUUUACCUCGACCCCAACGUCAGUUUGGCAAACACUAAAUUUGAGGCGUUUAUUCCAAAGGUCAAAUCGGCAGCUGUGGUGGUAGACGGGAACUGGACUCACCUCAACCAAAAUGCCGCCGGUCUGUGGGAGGGAACAGUCAACCUUGACUCAUACCGUUUCAAGGACGCAAAGGUCACGCUGAAUGCCAACUACGGGGAAGACAAUAAGUUUUCCACUCUUCUAGAAUACAAGAUCUAACUUUAACGUUGACUCUGUAAUCAAGCUAAUAAAGCAUUUUAUUACAUAUUUAUAUCGGCAUAUCAAAUAUGGCUUUUAAUAAUACAUGUAGAGUAGCUAUCUGAUAUUAUACUGGUCUUGUAUUGAUACUCAGAAAAAGUUUUUCGCUGAUAAUCAAGUCUGAACGAGGCAUGCAACUGCAUUUAUUUUAUGCACUGUGUGCACCCAGUCUAUAAAAGAUUGACACGUUCAGUCUGCAUGCAUAAGUGGAUAAAAAUUAGUGAUUCUUAAAGUUCACAAUAUCACCUAAAAUUUCUCAAACCGUCUUUGAUAUUUCUUCAUGUGUGAAAACUUUGUGUAAAAUAAAUAUUUCUGAAAAUAAAUGAUGUUGAAAAUA